AUGUACUAUACUGGUCCUUUUAAAGGCAUACGAAAGCUUAAUGGAGACGAAAACGUACGCGAAAUCAGAGAUACAUCUCCACAACAGAAUGCCAGUAUCAAAACUGAAAAUGAAAUGGAGAAAAAAACAUGUGAUCAGAAAAUGCGCACGUGUAAGGACAGAUGCGGUGUGCCGAAAUAUACGAGCAGUCUCAGUGAGUUUUACUGCCAAUGUGACGACAAAUGUGCCCACUACCAAGACUGUUGUGCUGAUUUUGAGAGCGAGUGCAGCAUCAUCUACAACAACACAAAAUAUGGUGAAUUGACGAGUGGGGAAAGAUCUAAAUAUGGUUGUAUCAAAAUAAGCCAAACGGAGAUGUUGUACAUGGACCAAACUUGCGCAAGCGAGCAUUUUGGGACUGAUUUAGAAGAAAAAUGUAGGAACAGAAAUACCCUCCUCAGUUUAUUACCAGCAUCUGACGUCGAAACAGGUAUACAGUAUAGCAACAUAUUUUGCGCAAGAUGUAACAAUGUCAAGUCUCCUGUAUUGUGGCAGACAAAAUACAGGUGUGAUCGAGACGUAUUGGAUAAGUCGGAUUUUCAGAACCCUGGACCAAAUACCUUAACGAGAGUUAUGAAUUCCCCUUUUUGUUCUGUUGAGUAUAUCGCUCCUUCAAAUGAUAAUCUACAACCGAGGCCAUGCAUACCAACUAUCCAUACAUGUCCGGAUGGAACAGAUCGUUUGCUGGCCUAUCGGUGUGCGAACUCUAACUUAGACCCUUAUUCUACAUACAAACAAAAAUACCAUGCCUAUCAUAACUGGUAUUGCCUCAUAUGUACAGAAACUGAACGUCCAUUGCCUUCGUGUACCGUACGAUUGAGUCAUCUAAGGAGCCCAAACUUACCCUUGUUUUCGUUUAAAUUAAUGGUGGAUGUGACAUCUGAGAAUGGAAUAAGACUGAGGUCUCAAGCUGAUCAUGGUAUCGAUGGAUUAGAUGUUGAGGUAGGGUGUAACUCGGACAAUAUUUGCAAGGCUUUAACUUGCCCAAAAGCGUAUGUACGAGAUGGGAAUGAAUGCAAAUUGGUGAGCACCAUUGUUCCAGUACAAAUCACCUGCUAUUUCUACAUUGACCCGGAAGAUCAUGUAUUUCAUGCCAUCAAGACUUACAUCAAACAAAUUUUUGAUUUAGUUGGUCUCAUUUUAAUCCGCCAUGUUCGUGUUUAUGAUCAAUUCAUAUUUAAUACAUCUUUCCCUAAAAACUACACUUCGCCUCAGAUUUACAAGGAGAUGGUAUCAGACUCCGAACGCAUGAAAGAAAAAGUUGGAAUUGCUCUAACACAGCUUAAGGACAUCAAUGUCACGUAUGAUAUGUCGUUUAUAAAACAUAGGGUCGGUCAUGUCAUGGAAAAGGUGACAAAUAGUGGAUCUCAAACCGGUUCCGGAAUGGCAUGGAUGUUCUACAUAUUUUUGUUCAUGAAAAUAUGUUAA